CUCGGGAGGCGGCGGCGGCCGCCGCGAGGGGCUGUGGGGCCGAAGUCGGUGCCCCUGGCACAGUCACGGUGUCCCCCUCUCACUGACUCCCCCUCUUUCCACCACGGCCGUGCCGCCCCAGAAUCGGCGGCUCCCUAGGCGGGGCGCGUCUCCUCCCGCUGCCGCCGGCCUGAUAAAUGAGGGACUUCGGGUUUGGGGUGCUGCAGACGGCCCCGCUCCGAAGCAGCAGCCCGGGGUCCCUACCCGGCGGCGGGGCGUCCCGUCCCUACGCCCCGCUGCCCUCCGCCACGCCCUUCGGCCCCCUCUCGCCGCCGCCGUUGCCUGUCACCGGCUUCUCGGAGGCCGCCUCCCCCUUCCCGGUCCCCCUCGGCUGCGGCGGCGCGGGCAGCUCGGCCGCCGCCGCUUCCUCUUCCUCCCCGUUCCUGGCGCAUCAGCAGACCAUGCAGGAUGAGCUGCUGCUGGGGCUGACACAGCAGCCGGCGCGGCCGCUCCCGGGGGCGGCGGCCGCGGAGAAGCGCCCCAGCCAGCACCCCGGCGGCGGCACGAACGCGGGUGUGACCCACCUCCUCCCCUCCCAGGACUUCCAGCCGAGUCUGCACCACCCCCCCUCCUCCUCCGCCUCCCGCCGCCGCACCGCCUCCCCGCAGGACUUCAGUGAGCGGCAGCAGCAGCCGCCGAGCAGCCAGAAGAGGAAAGAGUUCAGCCCAGCCCGGCGUCCCCACCCUCCGGACUCCAAGCCGCCGCCGCCCGGCCCGCUCCUCCCGCCGGCGCCGCUCGUCCAGCGCCCGCCGCCGCCGCCGCCGUUCAGCCGCCCGCUCCCGCAGCACCUCCCGCCGCAGGACCUCGCCCCGCGGCAGCGCCCGGCCGACCUGCCCCCGCUCCCGCAGCUCCAGCCUUCGCCGCCCGCAGCCCCGCGGCGCCGCCACGGAGGCGCGGGCAGCCCUCGCAAGACCCCGGCCGCGGGCGAGGGCAGCGCCGCCGAGUCCCCCAAUGCGGGCUUGGCCCCCUCGACGCCGCCGGUGAACCCCGCGCCGGGCUCCAUGGAGUCCCCCAACCACCCCCUGCUCAACAGUCCCAGUAACCUCCUGCCCGGCGGGGCGCUCGGCGCGGGCGCCUUCAGCAGCCUGCAGAGCCCUCUUCUGAAACAGUCUCCCUGGAGCAGCCAUCAGAGCAGUGGCUGGGGCACUGGAAGUAUGGCGUGGGGAGCAAUGCAUGGCAGAGACCAUCGUAGAACUGGAAACAUGGGGAUUCCAGGAACUAUGAAUCAAAUAUCUCCAUUGAAGAAACCGUUUUCUGGUAAUGUCAUAGCACCACCGAAAUUUACUCGCUCUACUCCAUCACUGACUCCAAAAUCUUGGAUUGAAGAUAAUGUGUUCAGAACAGACAACAAUAGUAAUACACUCUUACCCUUACAGGUGAGAUCUAGUUUGCAGUUACCAGCUUGGGGCUCAGAUUCACUCCAAGAUAGUUGGUGCACUGCAGCCGGAACUUCCAGAAUAGACCAGGAUCGAAGUAGGAUGUAUGACAGUUUGAAUAUGCACUCUUUGGAAAAUUCCCUUAUUGAUAUUAUGAGAGCAGAGCAUGAUCCGCUUAAGGGUCGAUUGAGUUAUCCACAUCCAGGAACUGACAAUCUGUUGAUGUUAAAUGCAAGGAGUUAUGGGCGAAGACGAGGUCGUUCUUCCCUCUUUCCAAUAGAUGAUGGUUUGCUGGAUGAUGGUCAUAAUGAUCAAGUUGGUGUCUUAAAUUCACCCACAUGUUACUCAGCUCAUCAAAACGGAGAGCGAAUUGAACGCUUCUCUCGAAAAGUUUUUGUUGGUGGUCUUCCUCCAGAUAUUGAUGAAGAUGAAAUAACUGCUAGCUUCAGAAGAUUUGGGCCUUUGGUAGUAGAUUGGCCUCAUAAGGCAGAAAGCAAGUCCUAUUUUCCACCAAAAGGCUAUGCAUUCCUUCUCUUUCAAGAAGAGAGCUCAGUUCAGGCACUAAUUGAUGCUUGUAUUGAAGAAGAUGGAAAGCUCUAUCUAUGUGUUUCUAGCCCUACCAUCAAGGAUAAACCAGUUCAGAUCCGUCCUUGGAAUUUAAGUGAUAGUGAUUUUGUGAUGGAUGGUUCUCAGCCUCUGGAUCCUCGAAAAACAAUUUUUGUUGGAGGUGUUCCUAGGCCACUAAGGGCUGUGGAACUUGCUAUGAUCAUGGACCGGCUAUAUGGUGGAGUUUGUUAUGCAGGAAUUGAUACAGAUCCUGAGCUAAAAUACCCCAAAGGUGCUGGCCGAGUUGCUUUCUCCAAUCAGCAGAGCUACAUUGCUGCCAUUAGUGCUCGGUUUGUUCAGCUUCAGCAUGGUGACAUUGAUAAACGUGUAGAGGUAAAGCCAUAUGUGCUCGAUGACCAGAUGUGUGAUGAGUGCCAGGGCGCACGCUGUGGUGGAAAAUUUGCUCCCUUUUUUUGUGCCAAUGUCACUUGCCUGCAGUAUUACUGUGAGUUUUGUUGGGCAAAUAUCCACUCUCGUGCAGGACGUGAGUUCCAUAAGCCAUUGGUAAAGGAAGGUGCCGAUCGCCCACGUCAGAUCCACUUUCGCUGGAACUAAGAAAAGCCGCCCCGGCCUCGGGAACAAGGAAGGAAAGGGUGCAUGUGGCUCACUGUGUCUGGAGACACUGCCGGCAGAAGAGACAAGUGCGUUCUUCUGCUAUCACCCCGGCUAUCAAUACAUGCAUCUCUAUCAGCAGCCCAAACACUACAAGCCUCUUGUUUUUCACCAAAACCCUACAUCUCAGGCUUACUGAUUUUUGUGAUAUUUUCAUGUUAAAAUAAAAUGUUUUUUUGUAUUUUCUCCAAGUUAUUUUUAUAUGUAAAGCUAAAAUUAGAUACAAGAAUGUGUUGCAUAGGGGCGAACAGUCUGCUGCUAUGUCGUGGGUGAAGCGUGCACUUAUUUCUAAACGUGGGUUUUUCACUUCAAGAUCUGCCCCGGGAAUUACCAAAGGUAGCAAAAUACUUAAUAGUGAAGAUGGAAGAUGUCUGCUACAAAUGCUUAUUUUUAUUGUUGCUAUUUUCAGUGUAUACAUAAACUAAAAUUAGGGUUGAUUUUUUUGCUCUCCAUUUUGACUUGCAAGAAAUAAUACCUCAAGAUAAUCUGAUUUAUUAGCUAUUUUUAAACAUUUUUAAUCACAAGCUGUAUUAGCUUUGCUGCUAUAUAGGUGUUAUGUGUAAAUGCCACCUAUUAAUACGGGAUUGAAAACGUUAGAGACACACUGCAUUGCAGAUAAAAUGCAGGCAGCACAAUAUGGCCUAAACUGCCAUAGUUUUAGAAUGUGAAAAAAAUGCAUGUUUACUUACCUGUAUACACCAUAUGCAUGCACUAGAAUUAUUAACUAACAAGAGGUGAGGUAUUGCAAAUGUUCAAAAAAAGCUCUCUUGAAUCUAGGUAGCAUGAACAAAUUAUAAAAUUUGUUUAAAAAAAGCAAACUUGCAUGCAUUAUUGUGACUUCAAGUUAAAAAAAUUGUCCUACAUGUGUACAAUAUGCAAAUUAGUUUUAGAUUAGAGAGUGCAGCCAUUUUGUGAUCUGGUCAGUAGUGGAAUUCGAUUUUAUGCAGACUGGAUGUAAUAUUUGUAAUCCCUGUGCAAUUUUGUGAUGUGCGGUUCUAAUUCAUGUGCAGUGAUAUAGUAUAGAUAAAAGAUUGAAUACAAGAAAAAUACUAGAAUUUUAAAGGAAGUUGAUUUUAGCCCCUUUGAUAGUUCAUGGUUAAGACAUCCUUUAUAAACCAAAGAUGGCCAGCACACUGCUAACCAGUCACCAAAUGUAAGACCCACAAGAAGCCCAUAUUUAAACAAAUGAACUUUAUAGAAGAAUGAAAACUUGAGUAAACCUAAGUAAAGUCAAAAUGGAGAUGGGGAAAUAUACAGAUGGCUAGUUGCAUAAAAUUCAAUUUUACCUUAAAGAUAAUGGUGAAAUCUGGCUUGAACUUGCUUACACGUUUGACCUAUGUAUACUGGGGUCUUCUGUCUAAACUGGGGUCACUGUUGCAUGGAACAUUGUUGUUCUUAAUGGUUAAGAAUUGCUUUUUUUUUUAAUUUUGAUGAAGGAAUUUUGGUAACGACUUUGCUUGCAGUUUUGGGGAAAGUGGCAUGGAAACAUGCAAUAGUUAAUGAGUUUCUCUUGGUACUGAACACUAUUAGAAUAUCAUUAUUGGUAUUUUUUCUCUUUAGAGCAUUUUUAAUGCAACUAGCCCCUAUAUUUUAAUGUAAGAGUUACUCUGCAAUCUAAGCAAAGCACCCAGCAAUGGUAGAUGUUUUUUUUUAAAUGCAGAACUAAGAUUCUUGACUCUAAAGAGAGAAAAUUACAAGGGUGCUGUCUUAGAGCAACCCCUUGGGACAAUCCUUCACGUGAGCAAAGUGUUGAUCGUAACCUUGGUUGUCUAUGGUGUGCUUUUUGUACUGUAAAAAUAUGUGGUUCAUGUCUAACUCUGCUGUUUUAUUGUGGCUGUGGUUCAAGUUUUUAAUGUUUAAAGUUGAUGCUGUUUUCAGAAGAGCUUUUUACUAAUUUAUUUGUCGAUGUUCCCUAUUUGUUACUUAACCAUGAUCCUCCAGAUUUUUGGAGUAUUCUUUUCUAACCUUAACCCUGCCAACCUUGAUCCAUUUGACAUUUGUUAUGCACUAUUUUUAUAUCUCUGUGAGAGAUUUUUCCAACAGUCAGCUAUUUUAUGGCACACUUUUUUUGACUGAUGACAUCUCCUUUGCUAUACCUCAAUUUUUGGAAUUUAGAAAAGAAAUCAGUAGUUUUGCAAUGUUAAUUAUUUAGAUAUUUAAUUUCGCAGAUUUUUAAACUUUAUUUUCAUAAUUUCUGCUUAAUGUUUAAAAGUGAAGAACCUUUUCAUGUAUUAAAUAAUGAACAUUAAAAUAAAUUUUAUGAUGAAAAUAAUUGGAGAUGUUGAAAAUCACUUUCCCUUCUUAAACAAAAGUAAAUAUUGGGAAUUAAGGGAAAUGUAGUAGAACACCCUUUUUGCCACGGGUAAA